AUGGCAAUUUCAAAUAAAAAACAAAACCUAAACGGCCCUUCUCAGGGCCACACUGAAAACGGUCCUUCUCAGGACCAAACCGAAAACGGCUCUUCUCAGAGCCAGCCAAAGCGGGACAUUGGCAAAGGGAUGCUGGUCAAGGGCAUCCUAAGAUUGAGGGGUGGCGGUUCGCCGUCACGAGACUCGAAGGGUCGAUCUACCCGAGGACCAACACCAACAAGACGGGAGAUCGGGGAAACUUCGACGGUGCCUGGUGGAAGUACAGGCGACCCCGCGAUAGGGUCGAAACCAGGAAGGGCCCCAACUAGGGGAUCCCACAAAGGAGUUUUAGAGGCGCAGUCUCCAAUCUCGACGGACUGGGAGGAUGCUAUGGAGGGCCAGGACACGAACGAGGCCCCUUCCAUCCCCUCCAACAAGAGGCCCUAUGAGGAAGACCAAGACCAGGAGGACCUGGACUAUGAGGCUCAACUUAGGAGCGGGCCUAAAAUCAGCACCGGUCUGAGAGGUAGGGCCAAGACCAGGGCCAAGGCCGUGGGGAAGAAAGCCCCCAAAGGCCACUCUACCGGCCUGGCCGCAGCCAAAGCCAAACUGAAGGCUCAUAAGGAGGACCUUCUCUUAGAGGUUCUGGACAGCGGGGAAGUGAAGGGAACGGUCCUCCCCUUCCCCCCUCUCCAGACAAGGUCUCAGAGGGACAGCAAGAAGAAGGGAGAAAAGGACAUGCGGAUGCGGACCCCGUCCCCACCCACAAGUUUACAAAGCCGAGUCAGCCCGCCCCCCUACACAGGGUCGGACUACAUAGAUAUAGUGCGGGAGGCGACCAACACGGUUUUGGAGGCCGCCGGAAAAUCUGGCAACCUUAAUGGGCAAGUCUGGGGGAAGAUGAACCAGGCCUGCCGCGACAUCUUGGCGGCGGCGGACUGCCUGGCAGAUAGGCAAGAGAGUGACGAGUUGCGAGCCUUAAAGGCCGAUAAUAAAAGAAUGCGGGAGCAACUUGCCCAAUGCCAGAACGAGAUGAAGGCCCUUCGUAGAGCCUUCUCGGAGAGGGAGACCCGGCCCCUAGCACAGGCCCCGGUGGCUCAAUUUGACCAGCUCCCGGCGGGCUUUGCCGAGGCCCUCAAAGAACUGAAGGAGGAUCUGAAGCGGGACCUCACAAUUACCAUGGGGAACAUGAUAUCGGCCCGCGUGGGUUAUUCCCCAGAGCCGGUACCCCGUCCCCCACUCGCGGCGGACAGGAAGAAGGUGACUGCGAGCCAGCCCGCAACCCAGCCGGAACCUCUGCCUAGGGCGCCCCCAAGGUCAGAGACACGUGCGCCGCCCACCAAACAGCCUAGGGCCCCUGCGGCUAAGCCCUCGGCACCAGCGGCACCAAUAGCCAAGAAGAGGGCUAAUUCUGCUCCCAGGCAGAAGACGACGAAGGGGCCCAGCGUAACCCCCUCCUCACAGCCGGCAUCUACAACUCAACAGCCUGCCGAAUCUUGGACGCAGGUUGUCAGGAAGGGCAAAUCACGCAAAUCCGCCAAGCCUUCCCCCCAUCCCGCCGCUCCGACCCGGAAACCGGCACCGGCACCUAGGGGCCCGCGGAAGUUGGUGGCGCCCUCCACGGCCGCAAUCGUGGUGGCCCUGAAGCCGGAGUCUGAGGCGACAUACGCCUCAAUCAUGUCUAGGACCACCACAUCAGUGAACCUUGCUGACGUGGGUCUUAACCACGUCAAGGUCCGCAAAACAGCUGCCGGAGCCAGGAUCAUUGAGGUGUCAGGGUCGGACAACGGCAGAGCGGCAGAUGAACUCUGUCGAAGAAUGACGGAGGUGAUUGGAGAGGAAGCCCGUGUAUACAGGCCCACCAAAUCAGCGGACCUACGUAUUUCGGGCCUAGAUGAGGCGGCCACUCAGGAGGCGAUCGCGGGUGCAAUCGCCAAAUUGGGCGAAUGCACAUCUGAGGAAAUAAAGGUGGGGAAAAUUAGGGCCCAAAAUAACGGGGCAGGGUCGGCACUGGCACAAUGCCCCAUAACAGCAGCCAAGAAGGUCAUCGCAGCGGGUCGACUACUAAUAGGAUGGUCCUCGGCACGGGUAGUGGCGCUGGAUCCGACACCAAUGAGGUGCUACAGGUGCAUGGGCAGGGGGCACACCAGAGCAUUGUGCCCAUCGCCAGUAGACAGAAGUAGCCUCUGCUUCCGAUGCAGCAGGCCGGACCACAGGAUAGCGGACUGCAAGGCGGAGUCUGCCUUCUGCUCAGUGUGUCAUGCGGCCAAACGUUCAGCGGGGCACAUAAUGGGUGGCCUUUCCUGCGCACCCCCGCCGGCAAAAGGUAAGGAGGCUCUUCUGAAGACCCAUAGAGCCCCCCCAACGCGGAACGCCGACCAACCGGCAUGUGAGGGACAAAAUAUGGAAACGUAA